CCGACACCUAUCAUUGGUGCGGGGAGUGAGAUAGACGCGCGAGUUAGCAACGAGCAGACGAGAGUGUGUGUUGUGCGCAGACGAUUCGUGGUCGGCAUUCACGUCGUGACGUCGGCACGGCACGCGCGCGUAAGUCGUCGUUCAUCUGCAGCGUUAAAUAGGUACGCGACUACACCUCGCCGCUCAGUCGUCGUCAUCGCCGUCGUCAGGCGUCGUCGUCAGGCGUCGUCGCAUAUCUCUCCUGUCGCUUGUCGUCGGUUGAGUAGCUUACCGUUCAUCGUCAUCGUCGUCAUAGUCGUCGUCACCGCAUAUUUCACCGUCGUCGUCUGUCGUCAGUUAUUUCACGUCGUCGGUCGUCAGUUAUUUCACGUAGUCGUCAAAGACAUGAUGAGCGCGCCGACGCUUCCGCCAGCGUUCCUGCCGUCGCUACAGUCGCUGCAGUACUCGUACUUUCCGUCGGCCGAUAGUCUGAAGCAGUACUACUCGGCCAUCUCGAAUCCGCACUCGAUGUUUACGAUCGACAGCAUUCUAGCGCCGAGACCCAUGCUGCCGCACGCACCGCACCACCCGAGUCCGUACUCGAUCCACGCGCCAGUCUCCCCCGGACAUCUCAGCCCCUUCGCUCGACAUCCGGCGGACUUCUUCAGUGCGUACGGACAGUUCCCCAGCUACAGCCUGUCCCACGAUCCGACGGGGAGGACGAGCAAGCGGAAACGACGUCAUCGCACCAUCUUCACAGAGGAGCAGCUGGAGACUUUAGAAGCGACGUUCGACAAGACGCACUACCCGGAUGUACUGUUACGCGAGGAGCUUGCAGCCAAGGUCGACCUCAAGGAGGAACGCGUAGAGGUGUGGUUUAAGAACCGUAGAGCUAAGUGGAGAAAGCAGAAGCGGGAGGAUGCCGAGCGCGGACGCCGCCUGGCGGUGGAAAAGCUUUCCCUGGCGGAGUCAUCCACGGACAACGUCAUGCCGGAAAUAGAUCCCCGGAACAACGAUGACGUGAAACAUCCAAAACCCGCAAGCGUCGCUACGAAAAACGAAAGCGAAGUUCCGAAAUUCACCAGCCGACCGGAGAGUGCGUCAGACGACGACGCAAAGAUCUGCGGAGUGCCGCAAAACGUCGGCACCCCUUCGUUAAAGUUGUUAUCGACUGAAUGCUGCAUGUGAGAGAUUCAUUCGAACGAUUUAGUGUCGUUCGUUUCGUUUUUAUUUAUUUAAAGAAUUAGUAAACAUACGUUUCGCAGGAGAAUCGUAAUUUAAUGUUAGAACAUCACAGCAUGGACCUAUGUUGUCACUGUCAAAUGAUUUCAAUUGAGAGCAAUGGUUCGGUACCACACACACACACGCGCGCACACACACAUACACACACGCGUGCGCACACACACAUACACACGCGCGCGCACG